CAGGCCUACUACAUAUCCGGAUACUACUGAGAUCUGCCGCUGGGGCCUGAAUCAGCGUCUCUGCGGCUAGCUGCUCGCUGCCUGUCUGUCAGCUAAUUUAGCUGAUCUAACGUUAGCAGGACUAGCAGCUGUCAAGCCCCCAGCGCUCUCUGAUACUUGUUGGGGUUGCUGCUCAGAGUCCAUGUUUUUAGCUCGCUCCUUGUUCAAGAUGUCAAGUCACAAUCCUUUGAUGAGGCUGGAGCAGCGGGCGGCAGAAGCUGACCAGAUCAUCGAGUACCUGAAACAACAAGUCCAGCUGCUGAAGGAGAAAGCCAUCAUCCAGGCCAGUGUCAGAGAAGAGAAGAAACUGAUGGUGGAGAAUGCCAAACUGAAGAAUGACAUCGAGGAACUAAAAAAACAGCUGCUGGAAAAAGAGAAGAAGAGGGGAGUGCGGGAGGUGGCCAUGCCAUCAGGUGACACCAAUGUUAAGUGCAUUUCGAAGCCCACUCCACCCAAACCCUCUGGACCCUCUGCCUCCCCUGCUGCUGCUGUCCAGUGUGCUCCUCCCAAAGAUGAGAGUAAAAAGAAGAAGCCAGAGAAAAAAGCAGGGGAGAAAGCGGAGAAGAAGCAGGCAGCCCCCAGCCAAGAAGAUGCCAAGGUGGACGUGUCUCGUCUGGACAUGCGUGUUGGACGGAUAAUCACAGCCGAGAAGCACCCGGAUGCCGACAGUCUCUAUGUGGAGCAGGUCGAUGUGGGAGAGGCUUCUCCAAGGACAGUGGUCAGCGGGCUGGUCAAGCACAUACCUCUGGACCAGAUGCAGAACCGCAUGGCAGUCUUGAUGUGUAACCUGAAGCCAGCCAAGAUGAGAGGAGUGGUGUCCCAGGCUAUGGUUAUGUGUGCCAGCUCACCAGACAAGGUUGAAAUCCUUGAUCCUCCGAGCGGAGCAAUACCAGGGGACAGAGUUACUUUCCAGGGCUUCCCAGGUGAACCGGACAAAGAGCUCAACCCCAAAAAGAAGGUGUGGGAGCAAAUUCAGCCAGACCUACGCACGGAUGGCCAGUGUGUUGCAACCUACAAGGGAGCUGCCUUUGAAGUCGCCGGCAAGGGAGUGUGCAAAGCCCAAACCAUGGGCAACAGUGAAAUCAAAUAAAAUAACAGAGUUGCUUGAAAUAGCUCAGUGUUUACUUGGCAAUCAUCUACAGUGAUGACGAUGUUGGUGUUGAGAAACAUCAUGGUGAUGAAGGGAAGAAAAUGCUUUGAAGAUGUUCAAUAAAGGGAUUUGAAAAUGA